AUGGCGUUGGCCUACAUACUUGCCGUCUACUUCCUAGUAGUUGUCCUCGCCGGUCUUCAACUCAAACAGAAGAUCAAAGCUCUCAAGUCUCCCCUGAGAAAACUUCCUGGGCCUUGGUAUGCUCCUCUCACAACAUUGCAUUUACGUUAUCUCUUCUCAACCGGAACCAUCUGGAAGUUGGUAGAGAGAAGCCACAACAAAUAUGGGCCGAUUAUCCGACUCGGCCCCCGACAGGUCUGGAUCUCUGACAAGGAGGCCAUGAAACAGAUCUUGGUCAAGACGGAUCUUCCCAAAGUUGCCAUGUAUGCCGAAAUUUCCAGAGACAAAUUCAGUCCCGGACUAUUUGGCGAGAUUCGCCAAGAGCCGCACAGGCGCCUUAAGCGUUUCCUGUUCCCUGCUUUUACGGUCAACUACAUUGACAACCUUGAGAUGUUCUUCAAGAGCACCGUUCGUGACGUGCUCAACAAGUACCAGACACAGAUCAACGAGGAUGCGGUACACUAUGCAAAAAAGGGUAUCGAGGUCGACUUAAUGGACGACCUUCACAACGUGGCCCUUGACAUCAUGGGAGAGUGUUCAUUCGGCAAGGGGUUCGGACAGACCAAUCCCAAUAGCUUAAUCGAAGAUGGAGUUGACGAGAAGAUUUGGAAGUCAAUCCCUCGCUCCAUUUUCGAUGGUCUCAGCAAGCGAUACCAGGCAAUGCUUACUUGUACAAAGACUGUAUAUGUCAAGAAAUUCUUCCGCGCCCUGGGAAUCGACCUCCAAUUCGACUGGCCCGCCGAGAUGAUCACAGCAAUCGACGCCGUAGUCCAACGACGCAAGCGCACUCCGGACGUUGAGCGCCGAGACCUCCUCCAGCACCUUAUCGAAGAGGGCAAAAAGCCUGACACCGGCACUAGCAUGUCUGUCCGCGACAUUGUCGACCAAAUGGCCGAGAUCCUCCUUGCCGGUUCCGAAACAACAUCCGGCACUAUCGGCUGCCUCUUUCUCGAGCUUGCCCGUAACCCCGACGUCCGCGCCAAGCUCUUCGCCUCUCUCCCGUCCAAGGGCUUCAACGACGAGAUUGUGACCAGCAAAUCGGUUCGCAACGAGGAGGAAUACGAGUACCUCGAAGCCUGCAUCAAGGAGAACCUCCGCUUGCAUCCUAUUGCUUCGGAGAUGGGCCGCCGGACUGGCAAUCAGUGGAUCAACCUCUGUGGCUAUGAUCUACCGCCUCACACAGUAGUUUCGGCUUCAUACCGCGAUCUUCACCGCAACGAGGCUUUCUGGCCCCAGGCAGUACGGUUCUGGCCCGAGAGGUGGCUAUCCGAAGACAAGAGAGACGGGGCACCCGCACCUGAUAUGGACGCGUAUUACCCCUUUUCUGGAGGCAAGCAUUCGUGCAUUGGUAUCAACUUUGCGUGGGCCGAGAUGAGAAUGGUUGCCGCCAAUCUCUUACAAAGAUUCGAUGUGCUGGAAGUUCCGGAUCAAGACAUAGACUUCCGCCAGUACAUCACCAUGCAGUUUGCAACUGGUCACUGGAAUGUUGUUCUCAAGCCAAGAAAUUGA